GGACUGCGCCGGCGUCGCUCUCACUUCCGGCCUUCUACCAGGGCGACCCGCAGAGUAGAACCCGAGGCGGGGAGCUGUAGCUGGGGUCUCCAGUGUCCGGGACCGCGGCAGCGGCCCCGCUGGCGGGAUGUUUCGGGGGUUGAGCGUUUGGUUGGGCUUGCAGCAGCCGGCGACAGGCGGUGGGCAGUCCGAGGGAGACUGGCAGCCCAAGCAAGACGCUCCGCCCGAGCAACAAUCCGAGACGGUGGCGGAGCCCGCGGAGGAGGAGCGGGAGGAAGCUGGGGACCAGGAGCUGCUCCACCAGGCCAAAGGCCUGGGCAACUAUCUAUUUAACUUUGCAACUGCUGCCACAAAAAAAAUAACUGAUUCAGUUGCUGAGACAGCACAAACAAUAAAGAAGUCCGUAGAAGAAGGAAAAAUAGAUGACAUCAUCGAUAAGACAAUUAUAGGAGAUUUUCAGAAGGAACAGAAAAAAUUUGUUGAGGAGCAGCAUACAAAGAAGUCAGAGGCAGCCGUGCCCCCAUGGGUUGACAGUAAUGAUGAAGAAACAAUUCAACAACAAAUCUUGGCCUUAUCAGCUGAUUACAGACGAUUUCUUCGUGACUCGGCGGGCGUGCAAUUUAACUUUGAGUUUGAGCAGAUGUACCCGGUUGCCCUGGUCAUGCUCCAAGAGGAUGAGCUGCUGAGCAGGAUGAGAUUCGCCCUCGUUCCUAACGGUAAGCACGUGAAGGAAGAAGUGUUCUGGAGGAACUACUUCUACCGCGUCUCCCUGAUUAAGCAGUCGGCGCAGCUCACCGCCCUGGCCGCCCAGCAGCAGGCUGCGGGGAGGGAGGAGAAAGGCAAUGGCAGACAGGAGGACUCCCCGCUCACAGAGGCAGUACGGCCCAAAACACCACCUGUUGUAAUCAAAUCUCAGCUUAAAACUCAAGAGGAUGAUGAAGAAAUUUCUACUAGCCCAGGUGUUUCUGAGUUUGUCAGUGAUGCCUUUGAUGCCUGUAACCUAAAUCAAGAAGAUCUGAGGAAAGAAAUGGAACAGCUAGUGCUUGACAAAAAGCAAGAGAAGACAGCUGUGCUAGAAGAGGAUUCUGCAGAUUGGGAAAAAGAACUACAACAGGAACUUCAAGAAUAUGAAGUGGUGACAGAAUCAGAGAAACGAGAUGAAAACUGGGAUAAGGAAAUAGAGAAAAUGCUUCAAGAAGAAAAUUAGCUGUUUCCUGAAAUAAAAGAAUAACCCUUCACAUUCUACAAACUGACAUUAAAUUCUAGAUGUUGACACUGAAUCAAGAAGGCACAAAAGAUUAUACCUUUAUGAAAUUCAAAAUUAUUCUUUAAGCUGAAACUUGGCUCUUUUACUUUAAAAAAGUAUAUCAACAGUUGUUCAAAUAAUCAAAAAGGGAUGUUUUAUGUAACAUUUCUGUAAUAAUAAUCAAGUUAGAGAUGUUCUUGUAGGCGAUAUGGAUAUCUUUGCCACAAAAACACAAGUAAAGUUUUAGAGUUCUGUUUUCCAUGAGGUCAAAAAUAUAAUCUAUUCUUCAGCUGUGGUUUUCUAAAUAUUUAUACUUCUAAUUGCAUUUUCCUUGAUACAUGAACAUUUAAGUACUUACCCGAUGGGUUAAUUACUAUCAAAAUGACCAAAUUAUACCAAAGAACUUAACAGGAAGCACUUUUAGAACUAUUUUCUUGCUAGAUAUUUUCUAAAAUUCCAUCUGAAAGCCUAUAGAUAAAAUAAUGAAGUUGAUUUUAAUGAUA